AUGGCACCUCCAAGCAACCCGACAGGGUUCAGCAUGAAGACCUUUACCGAUGCAGCAACAAGCACACAAUGGCGGGCAAAAGAUCCAUGGAAGCGAAACGAGGCAUGGCGAUAUACAGGCCCGUUCACCAGAGGGAAUCGCAUGAAGGGAGCUUUCCCCGGUUUCGGUAUCGCUGUUGUCGCAUUCACAGGCUAUGUCAUCGUUGAACAGUUAUUCUUCGCAAAGGACCACCAUGCCUCCGAGCAUGACGAGAGCGCAGGGCAUCACAAGGCGCUCUAG